AUGUUUAAUUUUAAGGAACAGAAUCAUAUUGGGGGGUUUGAGUAUAAGGGUAUCAGGAGCAAGAUUUCUCAAGAAACCUGGGGGACCACUCUUGUCCCUCGAGACACGUCACUCUGUCGACUCACCGUCGACGUCAACGCCCACGAGUCUGGUACCACCCGUCACGGCUCACCGCCAGACCAAACCACCAAAGAAAUCCACCAUCUGCCAAUCGGAAUUGUCGGACAUUAUUUUGAUGAAUCCGUAAAAUCUGAAGAUAGUUAA